AUGACGUCUCUAAUCUUUGGAGGGAUUUAUAUGGGCCACAAAGGCAUCGUCAACCACCGUCGCGAGAAACAACGGCAGAAGAACUACGAGCGGUGGGAAGGUUUAAGGGACGAGUACGACGAACAGAGAAAAAUAACUCGAGCAUCUCGAUCGUUGGACAUACAGCGCACUGGAGACUAUGACCCGGACAAACCGAUUCUGACACUGCGCGAUCAACAGGAGGCAAACGACGCCCGCACAAGUUGGCGACCACAAGAGGCCUGGGAUGACUCUCCGAGACGAACCAGCGUUGAAGUCACAUCGGGCUCAGGUCUAAGACCGCUAGCAACCAACAAGACCGGCGCAACGUGGGACGAAGGUCUCCCGCAGCCUCUCAAAGUGAGCCGGCGCAAUUGGGAGGACUACGCCCCUCCCGUCAGCAGGAGCAGCAGUUUGCGGAAAGCAAGUACGCCUACUAGCCCACCACAAGACACAAGCAGCAACAGCAGCAACAACACGCCAUCGAUGAGCAACAGACCCUCGCCUCGGCUAGAUGCACCUACCCCUACGACGCACCUUUCCCACCCUCAUUCUUCGAGGAGCGUCACCACUCCGCUCGAGACUAUGCACCAUGAGACCGUAGAGCCUAUUGAAUAUAGCAGGCCGGGUGGACUCAUGGCGGAACUGAUCGAAGGGGCCGACUCACACCGACCCGCGCCCUACACUCAUCAAUCACCCCAGACUUAUACGGGAUACCCGGCGCAAAACUACUACCCGCCCGCGCCAGCGCCUGCGACUGCGAUUGCGACCGCCCCUGCGCCGUAUGACGGGAGCAUGCAGGAAUGGUGGAAUCGGCCUCUGAACUGA